UCCAGUUACGCAUUCAAAUAUGGCAGCGUCCUGGAGCGGUGAACAUGUUGUUGCAGAACAUAAAGAUUUGCAGGCAACUGCAAUGGCUCUGGAUUCACACGGAAAUUUUGCCGUUCUGGCAGGACGACGUUACAUAGCCAUCGUAGAUUUGAAUGAGCCACAAGUGACAGUGAAGAAGUGUGUACGACAAAGCAAGUUUGAAGUUAGCACUGCUGAAUGGAACCCACAUAUUGAAGGCACCUUGUCACUUGCUUGCAAUCAAAACAUUGAACUCCUAACCUGGAGUGAUGGCGAGUUGCUAUCAAAAUACACCAUUGUGAAGGCCCACACAAGAGCUAUAAGUGAUAUAAAUUGGUCUCCUUUUGAUGACAACUGUCUAGCAUCAUCAUCAUUUGAUACCUAUGUUCACAUCUGGGAUACAAGAGAUCCGAGGAAAGCGUUCAUGUCACUUUCAGCUGUCACUGGCCCUAGUCAAGUGAAAUGGAACAAAAUCUCAAGCUAUUUUUUGGCUACAUCACAUGAUGGUGAUGUAAGAAUCUGGGAUACAAGGAAGAGUGGAAGCCCAGUCCAGUACAUAGCUGCUCAUUCAUCCAAGAUUUAUGGUCUUGAUUGGUGUCCAAGCAAUGAACACCAGUUGACCACAGCUAGUCAAGAUGGGACUGUGAAAUUCUGGGAUGUGACUAACCCCAAGAAGGUUGAGCAUACUCUCCAGUCUGGGGCACCUGUCUGGAGGGCACGAUACACGCCUUUUGGAGAUGGCCUGGUAGCAGUACUUGUUCCUAAGAUGAGGAGAGGAGAAAAUAGCCUAGUCAUCUGGAACAGUCUACGUGCAAAUGUGCCAGCACACACAUUUCUGGCUCAUUCUGAUGUGGUACUAGAGUUUGGUUGGAGGAAGCCACAAGAUUCGAGAGACUACCAGCUGGUUACAUGGUCAAAGGACCAGAGCCUUCACCUUUGGACAGUGGAUUUUAGAAUGCAAGGGUGCAGUCAAGAAGUGUUAGAGGAUGACACGGUGUCUCUGGGAACAUCUGCCAUUGCUGAAACACCUCUUGCAUCAUCAUCGGUGGAAUUAUUGGGGUCUGGUCAACCCAUGGGUAAUAGCGAAGCCCACCCAUCACAGCAUCCCCCACCUGAUUUGGAACAAGAAUUCUCUUUGCUUAACAUCAAUAUUCCUAAAGUUAUCAUUCAAGAGCUUGAUGCAGAGAAGCGUGUGUGUUGUGUCACAGUCACCGUUGGAAUGCACAUGCUAGGACUAAAAUUGAUUUUCCCUCAGUUAUAUCCUUUCAAUGCAAGCCCGACGUUUCAGUUUCUCAAAGGUACAACAAUAGACAGCUCAGUUAAAGCCAAGCUUCUGAAGGUACUAAGAUUGACUUCUGAACAAUAUGUCAAGAGGAAACGAUCUUGCCUGGAACCUUGCUUACGGCAGCUGGUUACCACACUCGAAAGUUGCAUGCUGUCCUCUGAAGUCGAAGAUUCUGAUGGCAGUCACCUUGCUGAACGUAUGAAACACUCGUAUGCAGUUUAUGGCUCUUUUCAAGAUUCAAGUGUUCCCUUCCCAAGGACAUCAGGUGCACGUUUCUGUGGAGCUGAUUGUCUGGUGUGUUUCACUCGACCCUCUCACUUCCAAAAAAUGAAUGCACCAACUGAAGUGACUCCACGGUCACUUAGUGCAUUGGGUGCUUAUGUGGCCUCUCAGCACAAAGCCAGUCGCCCAGCGUCCACCUCGUCUCUUGUGGGCCUCUAUCCGCCGCACAGCCCUAGUGGAGCAACAGCCCCUGGCGCGCAUGAUGUGUCCAUUUCUUCUUUUUACUACCAGGAUCGGAAAAGCAAAGGCAGGCAACAGCGUCGGGCAGGGAGACAAGUCACAUCACAACAGCAGCCUGUACCCAGUGCUGCUGUGCUGAUCUACAAUAUGUCUGGCAUUAUGCCUAUUAACCAGACUCUGGCACAGAACUACAUACUUGAUAGUGCAGACCCCGCAGGUGCAUGUACCAAGAACGCAGGCUAUGCAGCGGGUGUGGGCAGGAACGACCUUGUCCAGGUCUGGUCACUUGCAGCCUUUAUUGCAAGUCCACACCUCUCACAUGAUAAACAGAACCCGAAUGUUGGAAUUCCAUGGGCAAGGCGUGCUUUUGGCAGGAAAAUGUUGGAGUCUGUAAUUGAUCACUAUCUUAAAAGAUAUGACAUUCAGACUGUUGCAAUGCUCUGCUGCAUAUUUGGAGGAGAAAACCCAGAGGCUAGCGGGAAGAAGACAGCAGGUGAUCUUAGUUCAUCUAGUGCAAUAUUCUGUGUGUAUCAUCAGCUGUGGCACAACAACAGUGACAAGCUACCUGAUAUAAACUCCUUAUAGGCACUGUAAAGGAGAUGAAACAAGAAUCAGACUUAUCCAUGACUGUAGCACCAUUCUUUUUAAAUCUCCAUGGGAAAUGCAACUGUCAAUAGUACUUUAUACCAGCUUGCAUGCUUCUAUUGUUUUAUUAGUUGUCAACUCUCAUGUAUGUGUAUGUACAUAUAUUUUUAUUCUCUUGUAUUUUUUAUUCAUUUGUGGCUAUCUUACCCUAAUGCUAAAUACUUUCCUGGAUAUUUGAUACUCUGCUCUGAAUUUUUCAGUAUAUCUAAAUUAUGCUUUGACUUUAGUACAGUCGAGCCCAUUUAGAACUAUAUUGACGAGAACGUGAAAUUCGAUCGUUAUAUCAGAGUAUCGUUAUACAUGAACUUUCACGAAAUCGACGUUCGGGAUCACGUUAACGAAGCAGAACAGUACGGUAGAAUGGUACGAGUAGAACGCGCUGAACAUAGACGGUUGUUGAGAGCACGAAAGCAUUUUAUCUAGCUCUAGCUUGACGCAGCUUUGUGUCGAAGGCUUUUCCAAGGACAACCGCCAACAACAUACACCGUCGAUACCACGUGAGGCUCCGCUCCUCUUGAGAUCGACGACUUCGUCCAUUGCUCGUCAUCCAGUGGCGUAAUCAUCAUGGUUCUCCAUUAAAACAUGCCACGUCCGCGGGUAAUUUGCCGACAUGUGUUUGGGAAGCGACGCACAACUGUCUGCAAACUCUCAUAUUGGAAGACACGGCACUUCACAACAAGGUUUUGUACCAGUACAAAAUCCGUCAAGCACGUGCAACUACAUGUCGAGCCAUGUGCCUUUCCUUAUCAAAACGCGUCCCGGAACCACAGACACCAUUGUAGCACCAGCACAUAGCAAAUCAGAAAAAGAAAAGGCUUGAGGACAAGAGAACGACGUGGAGAGAGAGGAGCGACCUCCUCUACUUCUCGCGAGCGCCUUUGAAGUCGCAGGCUCUGCAAUGCGCGCAUCUAAUCCCCGUCAGUUAUGCGCGGAUAAACGCACCGCGUUUGCACUUUAAUGCCCGUGGAGGCUCUCGAAAAUGCCUCCUUAAUUUGUUUUCGAUGAAAAAAUGGGAGUCUUGCUUCUCGAUUUUCGUGCAUUUUACCGGCAGCCGUAUGAAUAUUGAUCACUAUACGCGAGCCAACCCUUUCAUGACGAUCAUUAUAUCGAAGUCUUGGGUAGAUGUACUUCAAUGGGUGAGCUGACGGGAACCAGCAAGUUGAUCGUAAUAUUGGAGUUAUCUUUCGAGGGUCGUAAUAAAUGGGCUCGACUAUUUAGUGUUGUAUUCUAAAUACUUUUACGAAGUGUCUUGUGCAUAGACGGGAGUUUCUCACUUUCUGGAAACAUCUGUGUAGUACCUAGUACAUACCACUUUAAGGGUAUUCAGUAUAAGUGCUUUUAGGUUCAUUCCAGCAGAACUCUGUCUUGGACAGAGACUGAGCACAGACUGCCAGUACUACAGUUAUGAUGAUGCCACUGGCAUAACUUGCUUUUGCAAUCAUUAUGGAUGUUAAACCAAGACGUACAUUCACCUUGUGUACGUAGGUGCCGCUGGUGUCUGUUCUGCCGCAAAUGUAGAUUUGCUGCCAUUUCAGUAGCAUUCAAGAGUGUGCAGCCCGUGGCGUCAUCGCAUGCACUGACAUAACUUGUACUUCAAUUUUAUUUGCACAUCUGGCAGACUUUGUCAUUUUAUUGGAGCUACCAGUGGCUGUCUGCCACAGGCACCCCUCAUCAAGGAUGGACUUGUAUUACUUACUGCAAAUGCAACAAAAUGCAGCUAAUGUUUAGGUGCCAUACAGUGGGAUAAGCUCGAAGGUGAUGGGAAGUUCCAGGAUGGUUGUUGGAUGCUAGACUUGCUAGUCAAGUAAGCAGCCUGCCAUUUGAAGUUCAGUCUCUAAAAAAUCUAAUGGAUUCUAUGCAAAAGUGGCUUGGAAGUUACCUAGCAAAGCCACAUGUGAAUUGUGAUCCCACAGACACAACAGGUACCAGUCUGCACGUAUUAUCAAUAGCUCCACCCAAGAUGUAAGUACUUUCACUAGCACCCCACAAGUUCCUCGGUGCCACAAAAGAUGUCGAAGGGGUUCUUCAUGGUUUCAAAUUAGAAUGACUACUACAGGUGAGAAAAAAUCAGCUACAAAAUACGAAGUUGCUUGGUAGAACUUUGCAUAAUUCCUUUAAGAAGUAACUGUGAAGCACACACGAUGGCUACAAACAGCUCGUCUUUUUUUACCAUCUGUGGUGGCCUCAUGUUGUUUUCAGUAUGUACUGAUGGAAGGGAUCGUGAGAUGUCUGUAGGAGAAUGUGCCCCUCUCUUCCAUCACACUGUUUCCUCCUAAAUUAUGCUGCACCAAAUUGCCCAAAGUUCCAGUCUCUUAUGAGGAGUUCACAUUUGAAAACGACUUAUCACAUGCUGCACCAGUGAUAAACUGCACAUAUUAAGUGCCUUAAUUUUUUUUAAAGCUAUUUUACUGCUUUCUGACUACAGUUUUGAAGCUGCAAGUUUGUUAUAGAGACAUCAGCAUAAAUGAAGCUUUAUUUGUGAUUUAAUCAGAAGGCACAGCAUGAAAAACAAACAUGCUUUCUGCAUUUUAGUUAAUUACAUUGUUUAGCCUGUUAAUAUGCACGACGUUAAUGUAGAAUGCAUCUGUUUGCUGUCACACAACUCCCUGCUGUAGCUUUGUGGGGGUGAUUAUACCAGAAGUUCAACAUGGGCACUGAUCAAAAUAGUGUUUGGUCUGAUUCUUCACAUCCAUCAUUUGUAUCCCUUGUGGCCAAUCUUGUCUAGUUUUUGUUCCUUGUGCUUGUUGAGAAGUGUGCAUGGCUAAGUACAUGGUCUGCCAUCCACGUGCCAGUACAGUCUGGUACACAGACAAGCACCAUAUGAUAAUGUUGCAGGAAUACACACACUAGAGUCUUUUGAGAGAGACUGAGUUAGGUUACUAGCUUUGAGUGCUAUUAACUGAAAUGUUUUGUUAGGUAACAAUGGACAACAUUUUUGUAACAUGUUUUGUGUAAUACAAGGCAAGUAGUUAACAAGUAACUGGCAAUCGAGAGUCAGUUGACCACUUAUAGUGAUAUUAAGAUAAAUGCAAAAUACGAUGCUUAUAUCAAAGUGUUGGCGUGAACGAGCACUAUAAUUUUUACCUGCAACCAAGUAAAUAUGAGAAUAACCAGUGAAAGAUUCUUUGCAAAUUGCAUUAUUUCAGUGCACUUUAGCAUCACUAGGAUUUUUUCAUUAUCGCCAUGUUAUGCCAUCACAUACCCACAACGUUCAUCAUCAUCGAUGGCGUUUUAGGACCCAUGAUGUUCACUUGGGUACGUUUCAUGUAUCCCUUGUUGGACACCGCACACACAUAUAACUGAAGUGUAACUUCACUUUACAGUGCAGGCGUGUUGGAAGUCUUGCACAUUUUGACCUUUUGGAAGAACUGUUCUUAGAAAGUGUCAUAAAUUUCUAGAUGUCAGAAAACAGCGUGUUUUGUUUUAGGUGAAAGGGAGUGGGUGUUGUUAUGCACACAUAACAAUCUAGCUUAGUUGAAGUCAACUGUGCAUUUUUAUGAUUUUUAUUUUUUGUAAUAUCCUACAUCACCAAGAGUACAUGUAUUAAAGGGGUUGCGACAGAUCAUCCCAACUUAUCCCAGAUAAAUGUAAAAGACUGUACUUUGAAGCGAUGUGAACCUGCAUUGAAAAUUUCACAGCAUAGAGGGUAAUAGAAGCGGAGAAAAUGGGCACCGCAAAUACCGAAACUCAUACGAUUGUGACAUCACAGCCCUCGCCGCCGCUGGUGAGGCAGCGCACAAGAAGUCGUACUUGCAGCUGUAAUGGACGCAACUCUGAGAUCUGUGACGUCUGCACUGGGCCCCGGAGUGUAUUGGAGGGCUUGUAUCUCGCUAAGUACGACACAUAGAAGCCUAAUUAUUUUUUCCGCAGUAUUCUGGCGUGGAGCAAAAUGUGCCCAAGAUGUAAUGAACCACAUCUAUGAAAGUGUCCCAACCCCUUUAAUGUUUGUGAUAAACUGAUUCCACAUUGCACGCGAAAGAAAACACGAAAACUUGCCACAAGGUAUUCCUGAUAGUUAUCUCUUUCUUGCUGCUCAUUUUCUUCCUUUGUAUCUGC